GUUUCUGCAGCUAAACGAGCUUUUGAAUAACAUCUUUGGUAUGGAAAGGUCGCUUGCCGCCAACCCAGCGUAGUAGCCUUGAUUCGGCAAAUGAAAGCCCGGUUCCUCGCCCUCGCUGCGCGCUUGACACUUUCUUGCCUUUUGUAUUUAAACAUGCCCACAACAUAUAUUCCUACAGUUGUUGUUGACGAUGCGCAUCAGGACGACAUUUGGGAUGUUGCGUGGUCCAAAAACACUAAUUGCGUCGUCACUGGUGCUUCAGACAGCAGUGUUAAAUGUUGGGAUGGAUCUUCGGGCGAGUUAAAGUACGAUUUAGACGGGCACGUCUUGUCUGUUGUUUCAGUCGAUACUAACAGCACUGGUACACGUGCUGUAUCUGCUUCCAUCGAUUCGACACUCUGUAUUUGGGAUCUUGAAAACGACGGUGCACUUUUGAAGACGAUCAACGCUACACCUGUUGAGGCAUGGAAAGCCAAGUUUAGUCCUGAUGGCGAGUUUAUUGCAUGUGGCUCACAUAACGGCGAUAUCAAUUUGUACAGCGUUGAAUCUGGCGACAAAGUUUCUUCGUUUGCAACUAAACAAAAGUUUGUUACCACCACUACUUAUAGCCCAGAUGGCAAGUAUGUUGCAGGUGCUGCAGAAGAUGGAUCGAUUUAUGUAUUUAAUAUCGAAACAAAUCAAUUGGCGCACACUUUGUCAGGACAUGCCAGAGCUGUUCGCGAUUUGACAUUUGCUCCGGAUAACCGCACAUUGAUCAGUGGAAGUGAUGACAAGUGUAUUCAUGUGUACGAUGUAGAGCAUGGUCAACUCGCCUCGGUACUCACGGGUCAUACCAGUUGGGUCUUGGGUGUCGAUGCAAACCCAGAUAUCAGCAAACAGCAACUCGCAAGCUCAUCAGCAGAUCGCAAGGUUAAAAUAUGGGAUUUGGGUAUGCGAUCCGUUUUGGAAACCCACGAAGUUCAUAGUGAAGAAGUAUGGAGUGUGGCAUGGAAUCCUGAAGGCACAAAACUCGUUUCCGUGUCCGAGGAUAGAUCCAUCAAAUGGUUUGCCAGUAGCGGAUCAUCCGUUUAAAAGAGAAGUGCAAAGCAUUGUUGCAAGAGCCUUCUGUCAUUUCUCAAGUUAGCACACAAGAGCACCUAAUCAUAUACACAAAAGAAAAAGAAGGAAAGUUUUAAUGAUGAUCAUCAACUCUUCCCAUGUAAAUAAACUGUGUUUUUUCUCUUUGAUACUUGUAUAUAGUUCUUUGAUACUAUGUAAUAUUUCGCUAGUUCGUACAUGAUCAAAUUCAAGUAUUAUGUAUGCAAUACGCUCUAAAUAAAAGCAAGAGAGGCGGUCUUGCCUUCAUUAUUAAUAGCUCACGGAUGUGUUGAUAUUGCAUAACAACAAACAAAGGCUUCUAGUAGAACUUGAAGUGUUUGUAGU